UCCGACUAUACAUUUCAUUGCAGGUGUGGAGCUCAAGGCAAUGGUCACGAUGUUGCAGGUGGCCAGAAGACAAUUCGAUGCGAUCUGUGUGAAAAUUGGUCACACAUUGCUUGUCAGAGAGGUGGUCGAGCGAGCAAUCUCCAUCCGAAAGCAAAAUUCCAUUGUGAUGGAUGCUCGACACAGCAGUCAAAAGAGGUGCCGCCAACUCGCAACAGAAAAGCCACAAGCAAGAAGAAAAUGGCUCUGCUUCCUACACGUCUAAUCGCCGGCAAAGGAGCUCUUGCUCGUCUUGGGAAGUACUGGUAUCCUGUGCGGCUGAUUCAGUCCUAUGUUGCUGCCAAUCUCCACGGAACUGCACGUAACCGAGUACACUGGCGAGUCGUUUGGUGGCGCGGUUGCAAAUUUCCAUCAAGUCUCGGAUCACCUCCUGGUGAUGUUGAGCAAGGAGAUCUCGUGGACGAACUGUGGCAGGACCAUGCUAAGAGGCGUGAGAUCCGUCUCGGAGAAUGGGUUCACUCUUGGGAUACCCCUCGCGAAGAAGACUUGAUUCAAAACUUUAUGUCAGCACCAGCAUCAAAAGAAUUGGACAACAUUCUACGACCUCAUAUAGCUUCGCUUCAGAAGCUCCUUGACAGUCCUGACUUGAACGAGCGUGGCGCAGAGGCAUAUCCUGUGAUAGACUACAUCAUGCAUUCGAAGAAGAACCUACUAGACGGUGUAGGUGCAUACAGCAUCCCAUAUUGUGGCGACAUCUCAUCUCACGAGUAUGCGAAAAUCGCACGUUGGUUCUCUGAGAACAUUCCCGGUGCUUCGAGUCAAGUCGAAAAAUGGCUCGGCGGCAUGCCUUUAGUGCACGCCUUCACUCUUGUUGUUGCUCACCGAAAGGCUGGUGAUUUCAAAAAAUGUCUGGAAGCUCAGAACGAGCAAUGGAAUGAAAGAGCACUGUUGAAGAUGGCAUGGGCUGACCUACUGAUCAGUUAUCCUGCUGACAGCUUUGUCGCAGACGUAGACCUCGAGUGCUUAACUGCACUAGAAGCAAGGAUGUUCGAGGAUUCUGAAGAAGCAGGGCCUGCAGGCAACCAGCAGUGGGGUUUGGAUGCUGGUCAACAUCAUAGGCGGUGGAACGUGUAU